UUGUUCUCGUCACCAACUGUGGACAAGUGCGUAGAUAUUCUUCACGCAACCGUCACUAAAAAUAAAAACUGUUCCCUUGUCCGGCUGGAAGUGAAGCUGUUGCGUGUGUGUAUUGUUUAUUUGUGUACGCGGAUCACAAUCGCGUAGUCGCCGUUUUGGAGUCGUUCAUGUUCCUAGUGUUCCGUGCUGUUCCUGUAGCCGGGGAUUACGAUCGACUGAAAACUCGGGUCGGCGAACUUUGGCCGGAGGAAAUCGAAAAGUAGUGUACACCGACAAUUGCAAAUUGAGCCGGGAAAAUCACCAUGUCCUUAGUAUCGCUACGUCACGCACGGGCACUGCUACCGCAGCCGGUUAGGACACUGACAACGAGCAGCGCCCUGCACAAGGACGAAUCGUCAUGGCUGAGCAAGCUGAUGGUUCGCAAGAUCGAACCGACGAAAAAUUCCCACAGCCGGAUGCUUAGCGACAAGUUCGACAUCUACGAGCUGCACACGCACAAUAUUCGUCCGGAUUCGGUUGGAAAGUAUCUGGAAAACUACAAAAACUCGGUCCAAAUCGUACAAUCGAAGGGAAAUCUAUCGAUGGAACUGAUCGGCUCCUGGAAUGUGGAAGUAGGUGAUCUUGACCAAUGUCUCCACCUGUGGCGCUAUACCGGUGGUUUCGAGAUGGUUGAUCAGGCGAAGCGUGAGCUGAGCAGUGAUAAGAGUUACGUGCAAUUGACGCAGGAACGGGGUACCUUUCUGCGGUCACGACAUUUGCAGUAUCUGUUAGCAUUUAGCUAUUGGCCACAGUUGCAACUGCGCGAAGGCAAAAACAUCUACGAAAUUCGUUCCUAUCGGUUGAAGCCGGGCACCAUGAUCGAGUGGGGCAACAACUGGGCCCGGGCCAUCAACCAUCGCCAGAACAACAACGAAGCCUUUGCCGGGUAUUUCUCGCAAAUAGGACGCCUUUACAACGUUCAUCACAUUUGGUGUUAUAAGGAUUUGCAGGGAAGAAAGGAAACUCGUGAAUCGGCUUGGCGAUCGCCCGGCUGGGACGAAUGUGUUGCGUACACUGUGCCACUGAUCCGCGAAAUGCACUGCCGCAUUCUGGCCCCGACAGAGUUCUCACCAACCCAGUAGUGGUAGUAGUUAGAAUUGUGGCCGCUUGUGUUGAUUGUUGUUGCCUUCUUUCCUAACGAAAAUUUCCGCCACGCAUGAGGGCAUGGGGGUGGUUUGUAUGUUGGGUCAAUUAAUUAGUUCCAAAUGGCAUUUUUCGUUAUUGUUAGAACGUAUCUCUUCCACAUGCAUUUCUUUUCGCUUUUAAACGUUUUUUUGGCAAUAAUUUUGGCAACAGGAAAGUGCUUUAUAGUUUAGCUGUUACAUCGAACAGGGGGGUUUUUUUUAGUUAUUGUCAGCUAAGGAAUAAAUGCUCUUUAGCUUUUAUGAAAUGAAAUUGCGUGCACCAACCAUUUUGAUAGACUGAAGUCACAUUGAUCUAGGUGUUCUCCUUAGUUUCCUCGAGAUAAUUUUUCAUGCAGGCUUAGUUUGUUGUAUACAAAUAUAUUGUUUUUCCAUUUUCUCUACCGAAGCAUGUGAUGUAAGAUAAUAAACGAUACACGAUGGCAUUGUGAAUCCCUGAGCGGAUUGUGGGACCAUUA